UAUCGCGGGCGAGGUGAGAAGAAUGACGUAAGCGACAUGUAACUGGCUGCAGUUACGCCCUUGCAGUCCGGACACCACUUAUCACGCAGAUGGACUAUAAAUAACAUUUUUAACAGCCGCUAGUCGCUGCCCGACGCCCAGACUGCACAAACAUGGUGAAGCUGUACAAGCUAGACGCGAGCCCGCCCGCGCGCGCCUGCAUGGUCGCGUGCGAGCUGCUCGCCGUGCGUGCGGAGCUGGUCGACGUCAACCUGCUGCAGGGAGAGCAUCUACAGCCAGAGUUCCUGAAGAUAAAUCCGAUCCACACCAUACCUGUCCUGGAAGACGGCGGUUUGGCCAUACACGACAGCCACGCCAUCCUGAUGUACCUGGCGGACGCGUACGGCAAGCAGGAGUCCUUGUACCCGCGCGAGCCCCGCCAGCGGGCGCUCGUCAACCAGAAGCUCUUCUUCAACAGCUCUAUCUUGUUCCCGAGGCUGAGGAAUAUCACGUACCCUUUAAUAAUAGAGGGAGUGAAGGAGAUUCCCCAGAAGGGCCUGGACGCCAUUGAGGAGGCGUACGGGUUCCUGGAGGAGUUCCUCUCCCGCAGCCGGCACCUGGCGGGUGAUGACGUCACCAUCGCCGACAUCGCGGCCUACGCCACCGUCACCAGCCUCGAGCUGCUGCUGCCGCUCAACGCUCAGAAAUACCCGAAAACGCAAGCGUGGCUGAAGGCCUUGGAGAAACUACCAGCCGUUCAAAAGUGCAACGCCAAGGGUGUUGAGGAUCUAAAGCAAUUUAUUAAUUCUAAACUUGCAUAAGUGUAAUCCUAAUGGAGUGCUUUGGUUAUAUGUACCUAUCUAAUUAACCUCACAAAAUAAAUAAAUAAUUUAUU